CGCGCUUCUUAGCCAGCUGGCGGGGUACGCAGCUUCACAGUCUCAACAUGCAUGCGAAAGAGAAGGAUCUUGAGGAUGGAUGCUUCGCGGUGACGUUUGAGAGAAAAUACUACCGCCGGGGAGGGGUUUUCAUCAAGAGGAAUUUGCGACCCAAAGAAUAUCGCACCGGCUACCGAGGUCUCCAUGUGCCCCGACUCGGAAAGGAACGCCUUAUGAACGAAGCGGAAGCACUACGGUACAUCCGCCAGAAGACCGAUAUCCCAGUCCCAAGAGUGUACUGCGACUUCGAGGACGAUGAAGCGUACUACCUGAUUACCGAGUACGUCGAUGGCGUAGACAUGUCUUCAUUGUCGGAGGAGCAGAGGGCCAUUGUGUAUGAGGAGCUUUCGAUUCACCUGGCGAAGCUCAAGACCCUACGGUCCAACCGAAUGGGUGGGCCGUCAGGCAUCGUCAUUCCCCCCUACCGUGUGAUGCGACAGACAGAGACAGACGACUGGCGUCUGCAAGUCUCUGAUCGCGACGAGUACGUCUUCUGCCAUAACGACCUGUCGCAACAGAACGUUAUUGUCGACCCCGACACACUGAAAAUCAAGGCGAUCAUCGACUGGGAAUACUCUGGAUUCUACCCACCCUACUUCGAAAUGCUAUUCUAUACCAGGCUCGGCCCUUCGGUUGCCAUCAAAGACGAGAUAGAUGACUCAGCCGAUUUGCUAGCUUUCCUUAAGUCCAGGGCCGAGGGCGCCUGAUGGUUGGUGGGGUAGAUUGUUAAGGAACUUAGAUGUCGAUUUGUC